UUUUAUAUUUUUCAGUUUACACUAAGGUUUAUGUUAUAAAAAGACACAUAAACGAUAAUAUUUUAAUACUCACUAACGAAGUAUUUUAACACUAAAGAAGUAUUUUAACAAUGAUUGUAGUAAAGCCUCAACCAUAGCAAAACGCUGAAAAUGGGGAGUGUUUACGUGCCGUUUGUUCUUCCAGUGCUUUAUUUGUUUGUUUUAACUGAAACUUCACGUGUUACUGUUUAUCAAGGGGAUUCUUUGCCGCACCAUGGUCGAUGUGAACCAAUUACUAUACCACUUUGCCAAAAUAUCAGAUACAACCAAACAAUUUUUCCUAAUAUACUAAACCAUGCCAAACAGUCCGAUGCAAGUCAAGAUGUGUUAAAAUUUACAGUGUUCAUAAAAGUUAAUUGUUCUCCGGACUUGAAGUUUUUUCUGUGUGCAGUAUAUGCCCCUUUAUGUACAAUCUUAGAGAACCCAAUACCGCCGUGCCGUCAUUUAUGUGAAUCUGCUAAACACGGUUGUCACACUAGUAUGUUUACUUACGGAUUUCAUUGGCCAGAAAAUUUGAAUUGCUCAUCAUUUCCAGUAGCUGGGAAAGGUGUCUUAUGUUUUGGCGAAAACAAUGGUACGCAAGAAACCCGACAACGUGCGAAGACAAAACUUUCGAAGGUAGAUUAUCAGGCAAACAUUGAACGAAAUCCUACAAAACUGCAUGGGGCAAGGGACAUCGGAUUUGUAUGCCCCAUUCAGUUCAAGAUACCUAAAAAUUUGGACUUAGAGUACUCUUUGAAAGUUGGAGAUAAAAUGGAGAAAGACUGUGGUGCCCCUUGCAAUGGUAUAUUUUUCAGUCAAGAUGAAAAGAAUUUUGCAAGACUUUGGAUUGGAAUAUGGGCAACAUUGUGCACCAUAAGUUGCCUAUUUACUGUUUUAACUUUUCUAAUAGACACAGAUCGUUUCCGUUAUCCAGAAAGACCUAUUAUAUUUCUCUCAGUAUGCUAUCUGAUGGUUGCAGCAUCAUAUGUAAUGGGAUGGGGAGCAGGUGACAGUGUAAGUUGUCAAGGACCAUUUCCACCAACUAUUAGUGGUACAAGAUUACCAAACAUAUCUGUAAUAACACAAGGAACCAAACAUGAACCAUGUACCAUUCUUUUUAUGGUUGUGUAUUUCUUCAGCAUGGCCUCAAGUAUUUGGUGGGUUAUAUUGACACUCACUUGGUUCUUAGCAGCAGGGUUAAAAUGGGGUCAUGAAGCAAUUGAAGCAAACUCUCAAUACUUUCAUUUGGCUGCUUGGGCUGUGCCAGCCAUAAAAACAAUAUCUAUAUUGGCAAUGGGAAAAGUAGAUGGUGAUAUAUUAUCGGGUGUCUGCUAUGUGGGACUUUGGGAUGCAGAUGCUCUACAAGGAUUUGUUUUGUCUCCACUCUGUGCUUAUCUUGUCCUGGGAACAAUUUUCCUACUGGCUGGAUUUGUUUCUUUGUUUAGAAUAAGAACUGUUAUGAAACAUGAUGGUACAAAAACUGAUAAACUGGAAAAAUUAAUGAUCAGAAUUGGAGUUUUUGGUGUUCUUUACACAGUACCUGCCUUGAUUGUCAUAGCAUGUUUAUUUUAUGAAUAUGUUCAUUUUGAUAGUUGGAUGGUAACAUGGCAUAGAGAUUUAUGUACAACUCCAAUGUAUUCAAUUCCAUGUCCUUUUUCUCAUCAAGAUGUAGUAAGACCUAAAUUUGAAAUGUUUAUGAUAAAGUAUCUCAUGACAAUGAUUGUUGGUAUCACUUCAAGUUUUUGGAUUUGGUCUAAUAAGACUUUAGUUUCUUGGCAUCAAUUUUUUGACAAGAUAAGAGGUAGAAGAGUUGAAGCAUAUGUAUGAUGGAUUAGGUAACAUUGAGGAAAGAUGCAGGAACUACAUCUUUGUCCUUUGAAUCUCUUCAAUUUGUUAUUUUACUUAUGUUAUUUUGUAAGCACCCUAGUUGUUUGAGAUUCUAGUGUCAUAACAAAAGAUACUCACACAGAAUGUGUAAACCUCAAAUUAAGCUAAUUAAUUU